GGUUGCCAAGGGUACCGCUUUCGUGUAAGGCUAUUGGUUAGAGAUGUGACAGCUCCACCAAUAGGGAGUGAGCGCCUGUUCUCUGCUGAUUCUCAGCCCAUGUCUGUUAUGUUAUCAUAGGAGUGUAAGCUUAUCGUUCGCUAUCUGCAGGGAGACGGUGCUGGACAGGUUGAAGUUGUAUAAAUUGUCUCUGAAAUGGCAACACGCUUACGACCCGCCAGCAAAAAAUGCACAGUCAUCGGGGGCUCUGGGUUCCUUGGUCAACACAUGGUGGAGCGCUUGCUAGAAAAAGGAUACAUCGUUAAUGUGUUUGAUGUGCGGCAGGGCUUUGAGAAUGAGCGUGUCCAGUUUUUUAUUGGUGAUCUCUGCAAUAAACAGGAUUUAUUGCCAGCACUUCAGGAUGUGACCGUCGUGUUUCACUGUGCAUCCCCGGCCCCUUCCAGCGACAACAAAGAACUAUUCUACAGAGUUAACUACACUGGAACAAGGACAGUCAUUGAAGCCUGUAAGGAUGCUGGUGUACAAAAGCUAGUGCUGACCAGCAGUGCCAGUGUUGUUUUUGAAGGCAAGGACAUAAAGAAUGGGUCAGAGGAUCUGCCGUAUGCCGAGAAACCCAUCGACUAUUACACAGAGACCAAGAUCCUUCAGGAGAAGGAAGUUCUGUCUGCAAAUGACCCAUCAAAUAACUUCUUAACUGUGGCUAUUCGGCCUCAUGGUAUAUUUGGCCCUAGAGACCCCCAGCUGGUUCCGAUAAUGGUGGACACCGCUAAAAGUGGCAAAAUGAAAUUCAUGAUUGGUGAUGGGCAGAAUUUGGUGGAUUUUACGUAUGUGGAGAAUGUAGUACAUGGUCACAUUUUGGCAGCAGAAUAUCUACAAAAAGACUCUCCUUUAUGUGGAAAGGCCUACCAUAUCACAAAUGAUGAACCCCUUCCAUUUUGGACAUUCAUUUCCCGCAUUCUAACUGGUCUGAAUUACGACGCCCCCAAGUAUAAGAUUCCUUAUUGGCUAGCUUACUACCUUGCUUUGUUUGUGUCCCUUUUGGUGUUCAUUCUUAGUCCAAUCCUCAAAAUUAAGCCAACAUUUACACCAAUGAGGGUGGCACUGGCUGGAACCUACCACUAUUACAGCUGUGAACGUGCCAAGAAAGACAUGGCAUACAAACCCGUGGUCAGCCUGGACAAGGCCAUCGAGAGAACCGUCCAGAGUUAUCCACAUCUGAGAAAAGCAAGUUAGGUUUCAGUUACACCCUCUCUUUGAGAUUUUGUCAUUUUGUUUAACAUAUGGUAGGACAUUAGGUUCUGCUUAUCAUUUUUAACAGUUUCAGAAAACACUUGGUCACACACCAAGUGGUUGAAUAUUUCAUGCAAUAAAGUUUAAAGUGCUGUUUGUAGUCGC